CGCCCCAUUCUGCGCCGAAAUACGUGUGACGUCAGUACGCUGCCCCUGCUCGGAAACCCCAGUUUCGGGGAGAUGGUCACUCGCUCCGCCAUUAGAACUGCGAAGAGGAAGCGGUUACGCCGCCAUUAGAAGAAGAAGAAGAAGCAGUAGUGAUUAGGAGGCGGAAGAGAGCGGAACGGGCGGCAGCCCCGGGAUUUCCUAGCGCGGUGCUUAAUGUUGGAACGUAUCCCUAUCUAAAGCGACGUGAGGGCUUCGAUUUAAUCUGCUGUGAAGUGCUUGUGGCGCUAGGCCUUGUGCUUCCAUUGUGUGCGCUGUUGCCCGGCCUGGGUGCCAUAAGCUAGUUCGGCGGAUAGAACUACAAAGGCACGGACAUUGCUGAGGGAGUGCGGAGGGACGGACUGAACCAUCUGGAACACGAACACUUCUAGGGACGGACUGAACCAUCUGGGACACGGACAGGGCUCUCCUGGACACGGACUGAACCAUCUGGGACACGGACAGGGCUCUCCUGGACACGGACUGAACCAUCUGGGACACGGACUGAACCACCUUGUGCGCUGAUUGGGAACGGGUUGAAACAUUUUGGGACACGAACUGUGCUCCCCAUUGGGGCCCUGAGGGGAACCUUCUGGGACACGGACUUAUUUUCUUGGGGACAAGGACUGAGCAGGGACUUGCCACCUGGAUAGGUCUGGACUAUUGAACUGUUCAUUCUCCACAAAGAAUUCCCAACCCUUGGACUUUAUAGAAGAGCAGGCGAUUGGCCUGGAGUGUGGGGGGAGGGCAGGGGGCCAUGCUGCCCGCCUGAUGGGCUCCUCUGGUGCCUGUGUGGUGCCCUGGCAUUGCACAUUGGUGUGACCUAUGCUGAGCCUCUCCUGUGUGCCUGUGUGUGUGUUGUGCUGAGUGCGUGCGUCCGAUCCCUUUUGUCUCUGUAUCUGUAGGUAUAGAAAGGCCGCUAACAUGUCGUGUGUGCAUUAUAAGUUUUCCUCCAAACUCAACUAUGACACGGUGACCUUUGAUGGCCUGCACAUCUCCCUGUGCGACCUGAAGAAACAGAUCAUGGGCCGAGAGCGACUAAAGGCCACCGACUGCGACCUGCAGAUCACCAAUGCCCAGACACAGGAAGAAUACACAGAUGAGACUGUACUUAUUCCUAAGAACUCAUCUGUCAUUGUUCGAAGAAUUCCCAUCGGGGGUGUAAAGACAGCAAGCAAAAGUUAUGUCAUAAGCCGUACAGAACCACAGAGUGGAACAUCAAAAUCAAUUGAGGACGCUUCAUCUAUUUCUCUGGCCCAGCUAACUAAGACGGCAAAUCUGGUCGAAGCCAAUGCUUCUGAAGAGGAUAAAAUCAAAGCAAUGAUGUCCCAGUCUGGUCACGAAUAUGAUCCCAUCAACUAUAUGAAAAAGCCGCUAGGACCACCCCCACCGUCCUACACUUGUUUCCGAUGUUUGAAGCCUGGGCAUUACAUCAAGAACUGUCCUACAAAUGGGGACAAAAAUUUUGAAUCUGUUCCUCGAAUCAAAAAGAGCACUGGGAUUCCUCGUAGCUUUAUGGUCGAGGUGGAGGACCCUAAUAUGAAGGGAGCCAUGCUUACAAACACUGGGAAAUAUGCUAUACCAACCAUAGAUGCAGUGGCGUAUGCUAUAGGGAAGAAGGAAAAACCUCCUUUCCUUCCGGAGGAACCCGCUUCUUCUUCCGAAGAUGAAGACCCUAUUCCUGAUGAAUUGCUGUGUCUUAUCUGUAAAGAUAUGAUGAGUGAUGCCGUUGUUAUCCCUUGCUGUGGGAAUAGUUACUGUGAUGAAUGUAUACGCACUGCACUACUGGAAUCUGAGGAUCAUAUCUGCCCCACGUGUCACCAGCCAGAUGUGUCUCCAGAUGCAUUGAUUGCCAACAAAUUCUUACGCCAGGCUGUGAACAACUUUAAAAAUGAAACUGGUUACACAAAAAGAAUCCGCAAACAGCAGUCUGCUUCAUCUCAGCGUCAGCCAUUGCCAGCCGCGUCUUCAAGCAAAGCAUUGCCUCCUUCACGUCCACUGACCUCUCGCCAGCAGGACCCUCUCAUAGCUCCUGCUGCAUCCACACCUGCUGCCAAUCCGGCUCCUGCUAGCACUGCCCCAAGCCAGCCAACAGCAACUGCUGCAACUCAAGCCAAUCCUGCUGCUGCUGCUCCUCCUGCUGCUCCUCUUCCUGCUGCUUCUGUGCCUCCCCGGGCUGUCUCUCCAACAGACCCACCUCCUGCACUGCCGUUACCUGCCCCCAAAGAGAGAGAGAAACCAGAACCUUUAUUUCACAGUCAUGAAAAGGUUAACGCUCGGUCCAAUUCUUCCUCGUCUGCCCCUGUCACUACAGCAAGUUGCUUGCCCUUAUCAAACGCAUCUCAUCUGGGAGAGAAGGGCUUCCAUGUUCCUGUGCUUGGCCAGUUACCAUCCCUAGUGCAUUCUCACCCAGCACUACCGCCACUUUUGAGAACCAAUAUUCACAGACUUUCUGCACCAAGACCACUCUUGGGAUGGGAUAGUCUUAAUCGGGGCCGGCAUCCACACAAUGAUCGUCCGCCUAGAAACCAGAAUCCCUCCCUUGGAUCAUCAGGACCUGCUUACGUUCAUACGCCUCCACCUCCUUUGUUUCCACCACCGCCCCCCCAUGGGCUGUCGCUGCCACCUGGAGUACCACCGCCGCAGUUCCCACCACAGUUUCCACCUGGUCAGCCUCCAACUGCUGGUUAUAGUGUUCCACCUCCGGGCUUCCCUUCUGCUCCUGCUACUCUGUCUGCUCCAUGGGUGGCUCCAGCAGUGCAAAGUGCACACACCGGAGCCUUACAGACGCCUUCAUUGGCACCCCCAUUGUCAAAAGAAGAGUUCUACAGAGAGCAGCGUCGGCUAAAAGAAGAAGAAAAAAAGAAAUCGAAGCUCGACGAGUUUACCAAUGAUUUUGCCAAGGAACUUCUAGAAUAUAAAAAGAUUCAGAAAGAGCGCAGACGGUCCUAUUCCAGAUCGAAAUCUCCAUUCUCUGGAUCAUCAUAUUCUAAAAGUUCCUACUCUUAUUCAAAAUCAAGAUCAUGCUCUUCACGUUCACGAUCCUACUCUCGAUCCUUCAGCCGUUCUCGCUCCCGCUCUUUUUCUCGAUCCCCUUCCUAUCAGAGGAAACCUCAUUCAAAAGGCCGCCCCCGUUCUAGAAGUAGAUCUCAUGGAUACCCUCGCUCCAGAUCUAGAUCUCCAUCAUACAGACGUUAUCACUCUCGUUCUAAGUCCCCAGUAUACAGACUUCCUUCCCCAACCAAGAGGGUGGUGCCUCAGACGGAGGGUGAACGUAGCUACUUCAACAGAUAUCGUGACAUACCUCCCUAUGACAUCAAAGCAAUGUAUGGAAGGCAACCUAACGUUCGAGAUACUUAUGAUAAAGAUCAAUACAGAGAGUGGGAAAAGUACAGGGACUGGUAUGAAAAAUAUUAUAAAGACUGUGCAAUUAAUGCAAUGCCAAGACAGAGAUCUCCCAUGAACAGAGAUAAUUUCUCUCCUAGCCGAUAUGUUAUUCCCCCACAAGCUCGAAGGGACAAUUCUCCAUACAAUAGAGGUCGCAGAGAAGAAUAUACAACAUUUACACACAGAGGUCGUACUUUAGGUGGCAGUUACCAAGAAAAACUACUGCCCCGUGACGCUCAUAUUGUAAAGGAUGUUAGAAGAUCCAAAGAAAAAGAGAGUGCUAGUCUUAUUGGAGACUCCAAAGGAAAUAAGCACAAAAAACAUCGAAAGAGAAGAAAGGGGGAUGAAAAUGAAGGGUUUUCAAAAGUUGAGGCACUUUCUUCCAGAAGGACUCGAGAUCUGCAUGGAGACGAUAUAAAAAGAGCAGAACCAGUGUUUGUACCCUCAAGCAAAGAUGAUGCCACACCAGUGAGAGAUGAACCAAUGGAUGCAGAGUCCAUUGCUCUCAAACCCCUGUUGGAAAAGGAUAAACGAGAGAGACCAAAAGUAAAACAAGAGAAGACCAAGCGCAAGCCUGAUGGAAACCAGUCCAAAAAGGAGAGCACCUCCAAGGUAGUCAAAGUUGAGAGGGGAGCUGGGGAUGGAGAUAAGGAUAAGUCUACAGUGAAUGAGCCACCAGCCAAGAAGAUCAAAGAGGAGUCUCAAAAGGGUGAAAGCACCAAAAACCCAUUACCACAGAAGGACGAUAAAGCAGCUUUGCUACCACGGAAGGUGCAUCUAAAGAUGAUCAAGGAAAACCAGGAUGGCAAACAAGCAAAAGAAGACAAACCCAAGAAAGACCAUACAAAACAAGACAAAGCUCCUAGCAAAGAUGAGAAAACCAAAAAACCUACAGAGAAACCCAAGCCCACUGAGCCCAAAUCGGAGAAACGCAAGAGGAAACCAGAUGACAAACUCUCAGAUAAGGAGCAAGAAAAGACCACUUUGAAAAACUCCAAACCCCAGCCUGCUGAGGCUGCAAAGCCUUCAACCUCCAAAAUUAAGUCUGAGGUAGAAGUACAGAAACCUGAAAAAAUCCCCGAAAAAGAAAAGGACAGAGAAAACAAGGAAAAAGAAAAGGACAGAGAAAACAAGGAAAAAGAAAAGGACAGAGAAAACAAGGAAAACAAGGAAAAAGAAAAGGACAGAGAAAACAAGGAAAAAGAAAAGGACAGAGAAAACAAGGAAAAAGAAAAGGACAGAGAAAACAAGGAAAACAAGGAAAAAGAAAAGGACAAGGAAAAAGAAAAGGACAAGGAAAAAGAAAAGGACAAGGAAAAAGAAAAGGACAAGGAAAAAGAAAAGGACAGAGAGAACAAGGAAAAGGACAAGGAAAACAAGGAAAAGGACAAGGAAAAAGAAAAGGACAAAGAGAACAAGGAAAAAGAAAAAAACAAAGAGAACAAGGACAAAGAAAGCAAGGAGAAAGAAAAGGACAAGGAAAAAGACAAAGAAAACAAGGACAAAGAGAAGGACAAAGAAAACAAGGAAAAGGAGAAGGCAGUGUCCACAACUGGCAAAAAAAUUAAACUGAACCGAGAAACUGGGAAGAAAAUAGCAAGCACUGAACCCAGUGGCCCCCCAGAUGAUAAGGAUAAAGCUGAACCCGCGACUGCAGUAAAAUCCAAAGCAGACCGUGUGAAGGGGAAGAUUAGAAAGAAAGUCCCAGCUCCAGAUGGUUCUGGCUCCACUUUAGUAGAUUAUACUAGUACAAGUUCCACUGGAGGAAGCCCUGUGCGGAAGGGAGCAGAAAAAGUGGACACGAAGAGAACCGUUAUAAAGACAAUGGAGGAAUACAAUAAUGACAAUACUACUCCAGCGGAAGAUGUGAUCAUUAUGAUUCAGGUUCCCCAGUCCAAGUGGGAUAAGGAUGACUAUGAGUCUGAAGAGGAUGAAGCCAAGGGUUCACAAGAUGCUUCAAGCACUGGGAAGCCCAUAAGUAGUGUAGUGACAAAUGUUAGUGCUAAACCUUUAUCCAUUACUACCCCAGCUGACAAAGACACAUUGCCUACGGAAAAGCUCAAGUCGUCCCGGGACCAGACUAAUGAAACUCAUCCCCAAGAUACCAAACCUUCAAAAGAGCUUUCAACAUCUAGCACCAGGAGUAAAGCCAAGGAAAAGGACAGCCCUGCUGCUUCUGAGAAAGAAUCAUCUGAAAAAAGGAAGGUAGAAGGCAGCUCUGAACGCAGUAGCCGUCAGUCUUCUAAAGAGAGGCAGUCAGAAAAGCAAGAAUCAAGUCGUAGCUCCUCCAGCAAGGACUUCACCCCCAACCGUGAGAAGAAGUCAGAGCAUUCUGACAGCAAGGACAGGAAGCUGGAGCAUGAAACCAGAGAAAAGGAUAAGAAAUCAGAGCAUGACAGCAGAGAUCGAAAGCAAGAGCACGACGGCAGGGAUCGAAAGCAAGAGCACGACGGCAGGGAUCGAAAGCAAGAGCACGACAGCAGAGAUCAAAAGCAAGAGCAUGACAGCAGGGAUCGAAAGCAAGAGCAUGACAGCAGGGAUCGAAAGCAAGAGCAUGACAGCAGGGAUCGAAAGCAAGAGCGUGACAGCAGGGAUCGAAAGCAAGAGCAGGACAGCAGGGAUCGAAAGCAAGAACAUGACGGCAGAGACAAAAAGACAGAGCAUGACGGCAGAGACAAAAAGACAGAGCAUGACGGCAGAGACAAAAAGACAGAGCAUGACGGCAGAGACAAAAAGACAGAGCAUGACGGCAGAGACAAAAAGACAGAGCAUGACGGCAGGGAAAAGGACAAAAAGCAAGAACAUGAUAGCAGGGAUAAAAAACCAGAGUAUGAUGCAAAGGACAAGAAGCCAGAGCAUGAAAGCAAAGAUAGGGAAAAGAAAGCCGAGCACGAGAGCAAGGAUAGGGAUAGUCGGCAGGAGCACGACAGCCGGGAUCACAGCAGCUCUAAGAGGCGAGAAGAGAAGAAAAGGGAGUCUUCCCCAAAAGGAAAAGAUUCAUCCUCCUCCAGUUCCCAAAAGGUCAAAGCCAAAGACACUCCGACAGAAACCUCUAGGAAACGUACAGUCGAUGCCCGGCGGGGCAACUCCAGCCCACCUCGAGAGCGCAAGCCACGGGCAGAGCAAAAGGCCUCUGACACCAAACACUCUCCUGGUGAGCAGAAAUCUGCUGAGAAAAGCAAAGAAGUAAGUAAAGAGAAAAUAUCCAAGGCAAAAAGUACAGAAGAAUUGAGUGAGAGUAAAGCUUCUCACUCUAAACGCACGUCACCAGAGACCAAGACAGACAAGGACAUGAGUGACAGGGACACUAAAGGAAAGGUCCCUCAAAACCGCUCCUCUCGACUCUCCUCUGACCUUACGAGAGAGACUGACGAGGCCUCCUUUGUACCAGAUUACAAUGAGAGUGACAGCGAGGGGUCGGUAAAGCAGGAAGAUGCUUCUGUGCCCCCAAGCAAAGUCAAUGACAAACCUGCAGCGGAAAGUACAGAACCAGUCGACUCCAGUUUACCUGCCACUGCCCACAGCAGCCCAAGCGGCAGUCGCAGCCACAGCCCGGCAGAGUCGCUCACGCAUAGCCGCAGCAGCAGCCCCAGCUCUGCAGGCAGCCCGGACCGGAAACGGAGGAAAAAGGAGAAGAAAAAACACAAGAAGCAUAAGAAACACAAGAAGCAUAAGAAGCACACGGGCAACGACUCUGAGACUGAAAAGGGCCAGAAACACAAACACAAAAAGAAAAAGUCCAAGAAGAGCAAAGACAAGGAGGUGGAGAAAGAGGAAGCCAAACCCCCUGCGUGAUUUCAAGCCCCACCCCUGGGGCGGGAACCUUUGCAGAGACACUUGUAUCGGCCUUUUUUUUUUUGUUUUGCAUUCAACAAAUACAAUCUCUUCUCUGUAAAUAAUGGAAAAAAAACGGUGCCACACUUAAUAUAUUAAGGAUUAUUUGACUUUACUGCAGAGCUUUAUCAAGUGAACCUUUCCUUCUUUUUUUCUUUUUGUACAGAGGUUUACAUAUUGUGACCAUAUUAGGACAUAACUUGGCUUUCAUUCACAUUUUGUUUCCAUCUUGGGCAUUCUGUGUUUGCCCAUGAAAUGGGCGGAAAUCACUGUACUGUGAAAAAAAAAAUCCUCACUCGCUUUUUCUUAUGCCGAACUGCCUGGUCAAUUGGAACGGGUGCUGCUGUACAUGGGAAGCGUUUUAUAGAAACUGUUAUAGGAGAACGGAAAGUUAGAAAUGGACUGAUUCUCUACAGGGGCUGAUUGGAUCAUUUAUUGGGGGGGCUCCUGAAAUCCUGUCCUACCGAAUAUCCACCAGGCAUGUUAGUAAUUAGUAAAUCCCAUUGGAUAAAGACCACAGUGCCACGUUGAUGUGGUCCUUUUAGCUCUGCAUAGGCCCAUUGAGAUCCAAAACUUGUCACCAUAUGAGUGGAUCUUAGUUUAUUGCCAGCUCAAGCGGCAUUUUGAUUGCUCUUCAUUUUUAUGGUUUUUGAAUUCUUGGCUUUCAGAUUCUAGCUGUAAUUUAAAAUGCUUUCUGGUUGCCAGGGGUCUCAGACCCUAGUAACCUAUUCAAUGGAUUGACUGUAAAGCUUUAUUGCUUAUUUGUUCAUGAUAAAUUACACCCCAGCAACCUGAAAGCAGUGUAAAUCCAAACCCCAGAGAGGCAAAAGGUUAAAGGGGAACUUUAUGAAACAGAUUAUGCCCUCUAGAGUUUGGGGUAUUUUUAUAAUAGUAACAGUUCCUCUUUAAUUGAAAAAAACUGUUGAAAAUGAGGACCAGGAGCAGAUCUUUAGGGCAAUCGCCACCAUAUUAUAAAUGUGAGCUGCCCCUUUAAAAGCAAAUGUUUCUGUUAAGGAUGACUGACAUUUCUUGAAAUGUUGCUCAUUUUUAUGCCACGCCCCUGCGGAGCUGAUGAGCACUAAAUGGCGCUUCUCCGUCCAUCCCCAGCAUGCCCUUAUAGUAAAGUGCUGAUACCUAUGAGAUGGAAGUAGGAAACCAGCUUGCUGUCAUUAGGAACACAUAUAGGCAUCCACUAUGUACUGUUGUACAUUUACAGCAGCUUGGUUUUACAUUUUAACCACCCACUGCUUUGCCUGUCCCUUAGUGGCUAUGCGGGCAAGGAGGAUAUCCAGCCUAUCACCUUUCAGCUGUACAGACAUCUGCCAGUAGCUGAAAGCCUGCCGAUAGCUCGCGGCGUAGCUCCCAUUUUGACCGUUUUCACUGCUGUAGCAGGUGUAUUUACAAUCGGGGCUGGGGUGGCCCCUAUGCGCUAAGCUCAGCUGGUUUCCCUAGUUGCCCUGCUAGUGUGCAUGGUGUAUAUUGAAUGCAGAAUAGCCUUAUAUAUAAUCAGUAUAGGGUUAGCAUAACCAACAACAGGGAAAUAUCAGGUUGGUGAGGAAUAUUGGGGGGGUAGGUACUACCCUGGACCUGAGCGUUCUAACCCAGAGAUACCAUUGUUUGCCCUGGUGAGUUGUGAUUGGCUUAGAUGCAAUGUGGUGGCACCUAUUGAAAGGGGUACCUGUAUGUUGGUGUCCUUCACGGCUCAAAUCUUGGCAUCGUUUGUCUUAGUUGGUGCCUCCUGGAGACCAGAGAACCCGACGCCAAGGGCCUAUUCUCACAAAAUGUAAAUGUUGUUCUGUGGUGGAAAUGAGAAAGGGCUGAUGGGAAUUGCCCUCGGCUGGGGCCAACAUGGGCGUCCUCGGGUACUCUGGCGGCCGGUCCAACUCUGCUUGUAGACUGGGCCCCCCGAUGGUGCUCAUAGAGGCAGCCAGACUCUGAGAUGCAGGAAUAAAGGCAAACCGUGAUACAUACUAUUCCCAUGACUACUGUAAGGGAGUGUUUUAUAGAGCGGCAGAAUAAUAAAGGGGCAGAUUGGCGGCAAACACUAAUCAAUAAUCAAGCGCCCUGUUCCUUCCUUUGCACUUUUUAUCAGCGGGUUUUUGUUUAUUUUAGUUACCAAUUAGAAUUGUCACUAUGCAGCGAGAGGAAAUUACCGAGCGAAUGUCCCAUUGGUUGGAAUAUUUCUUGUGUUACAAUAAAUCUUGUGUAAAAGUUAAAGGCAACCCUACCUCAAAAGUGUUUGUAAAUAUUUCUUUUGUGAAUAAAUCAGAAUGAACUUAAUGACGCUGUGGUUGCAAUGGUGAAAACUGAACAAGACAUUAAAAUUGCAAUUUCUUAUGCUUUUUUUAAA